UCACAAUAUUAGAAACAAUUUUGAGUCGUUGUGUGUGAACGAUGACAACUGUGUUGUAGUUGUGCUUGUGUUUACCGUUUUAAGUGUGAAAUGUGUUUCAGUGAGUGAGAAGUGUUUAUAGUUUUGCAAAAAGAGUUCAUGAGGUUUGAAAACAGCCUCAGUUUUUGCAGAAAGAGUGAUUUGCUCGACAAAUUGGUUUAGGCUAUUGAGAAUUUGCUUUAGAGAAUGAGGUUUAGUGUCUUAGCAAUUGUGAGAAACUGUAAUACAUUUAUAAUACUUCUCUAAAGAGACACUUAAAGACAUGGACAUUGAGUAACUGUAUCGUCUACAUGAGCCAUUUGUUCUUGGACCCCAGAGAUCGCCGCUUGUGGCUAUAUGUGUAUUUGCGAUUAAAAUUGAAUAUUAAAAUGCAGUCUAUGAUUAGAAAGGUCUUAUACAUUGUAAGCAAUUUUUGAAUAUUGUGUUGCAGCAGUUCUCAUAUUACUCUAUAGUCUCUUUAGGAUGGAUCACUUACAUUGUGGCACGGUUCAUUUGGAUAUCUGCUAAAUCAGUCAAUGUAAAUGUAAAGGCUGCACCUGUGCUAUAACCUGCAGACCCUUUUAACAUUUUCAAAUACAAUAACCAUAUAACAGUUUGAAGACUGGUGAUAAAUCAGUCUAUCUGGAUCAUCUGUGGCUCUGCUCUCCUUUGUCACUAAUUUUUAUUGUCUUAACUGACAUUAAAGCAUAUUCAGUACGACUCAUGAGUAAAUGUUUUAUUAGUGGGUCUAUUCAAAUGAAAAGUAAAUCAGGAAUUACGCUUCUGAUGAGAAGAUAAUUGUAAAAGAGCACUAUUUAACGCCCGUUUCUCGCAGCCCUCACUACACCUGAUCAUCAACCCAGGUAAAUCCUUCUUUCUUCCAACUACUUUUUUUGAUACAUAAUUCAAUGAAGAGUACUGAAUAUUGUUAGAUAGCAUUAAAUGUAAAACGAUGAUGUUUUUAACUUGAUAUUUCUCUUUCAGGGUACUGGACAAUUUGAGUGUUAUAGCACUGUAGAAGAACAGAGCAUUUUGUGUUGUUUUAUUUACAUAUUUUUCAUUUAAAUUUAAAGAAUGUGUUAAAUUAUUGUUAAAACAUUUUACAUUCAAAGUUUAAACAAUAUUGUGUGAUGAAAUAAUAUUUUCUUAUGAAUGAGAGUCUUGACGAAUACAGUGGCAGUGAUGUUUGUGGACUAAUUCAUAUAAAAAACAUCUUUAUUGUGGAAUAAACUGGAAUAAAUAUAUAUAUUUUUAAUUUCAAUAAUAUAGCAUGUGUCUACAGCUGAAUAUGUCACAAGAAUAGAGAAAACUACAGUAGUUUUGACGUUAGUUUUUGUGCUCUCAGUAAAGAACAGCAGUCGACAGUGGAUCUGUUAAAUCGAGCUCAUCUAGAGUCUGUUUGGGAUUGUUUUGAACACACUGACUGUAGUUUGGUGACAUGGAGACCAAAACAUGAUCAGAUGUUAAUCGUUUUGAGAGCAAGUUUGUGAACACGGUCUUAGUUUAGGGGGGAAUAUCCAAAAUAUCAGCUCAGGAAGAACAAAGUUGAAAUUAUUGAACAACACUUUGAUGUAUUUGCGUCUCUUUUGAAGAUCUAAUCGUGUCAAACAUUUGUUACGCUGUAUAGUAAACGAGUCUCAACGAGUUUCUGUUUCAAAGGAGCCUUUAAAAGAUGAAGAGCUUGAGCGGAAGGUUCGUUUUGGUCAUUGUGCUUCUCCAGCUGUGCCUCUCUGUGCAGGAGGUCAGUGCCAGUGGAAAACCAGCUGGAGGAGCAGCUGGAGCAUCAGCUUCUCAAAAUCAGCCUCAAUUUGGGGACCUGAUUGAAUUUCCACGCACCGGUUAUAGUCACUAUGCUAUAUUUGUUGGUGAUAAAAAUGUGACUGUGAAUGGAAAGGGUGAUCAUAACAUUUUUGAGAUGACAAGGGAUCCACCUGGCUGCCAUUUCAGUACAUAUCCAGGUCCCUUUACAAUACGAAACGAUUAUUACACUGAGACAGUACAGUCCAAGGAGGAAAUGAUAGCCACCAUUGAAGCUCUAAUGCGUCCUGAAGAUCCCAGGUGUAAAGACUAUAGUCUCCGUAAGGAGAAUUGUGAACAUGUUGCCACAUUGGUUCGAUAUGGUAAAGCAAUGUGCAAACAGCAGGGAACCGCAGCUAAAAUAGUGGCUGGACUGGCGAACCCGAGGAUCAAAAGGCAAAAAAACAAACAAAAACGGCGUGAAGCUUCAGCAGCCGCUUGAACAUCAGCAUCACUUUCUUCUUUUCCUUUUAAUCUUCUAAUUGUGAAGAAGAUCUUAAUAAACCUGAAUGUAGCAAAUGCA